CUGAAGAGAAUUCUAACGACAGAUCUCCACCCCGGCAACGGACCUGAGAAAAAACUGGCCAGGAAGUCAGAGGUCAGAAAGACGUCCACGUCAUGUGACCGUGUGUGCGACAUUUGCCAUCUAGCCAAUCACAACCCUCACGGGAGUCACGAGGUCCUGCUCCACUGCAAGGAUUGCACGGCAAGAGCUCAUCCAUCAUGUAUGAACUAUUAUGGUCUUCUUGCAACUCGAGCCUGCAGGGGUCUGUGGCAGUGUAUGGACUGUAAGACAUGCUGUUUAUGUCAAGACCCUGGUGAUCCUGACCAGAUGCUGUUCUGUGAUGGCUGUGAUAAGGGCUAUCACAUGAACUGUCAUCAGCCACCUAUUAGCAAAAAACCAUCAGGUAUAGAGAGCAAAUGUACAUGGGAGUGUUCUGAUUGUAGGUUAGAAAAUUCAACUCUUCAGAGAAAUGAAUUCAUGGCAAGCCUCGGAAGUAGACAAACUGUUGCCAAUGAAUCUGCGCCCCCUACUCCAGCAGAAUCACCUGUACCCACACACCUCAUGAACGGAGAUCUCAUCCCAACAGCUCCUAAGUAUAUUGGAUCUGGAAGGUACCCUGAUGCUUCACAGUGGUCAGUAGCUGAUGUUGUCCUGUAUCUGACAUCUGCCGGAUUCACUGAAGAAGCCAAAGUUUUCCUAGAACAGGAAAUUGAUGGUGUGGCUCUACUGCUGCUCAAGCGAGCUGAUGUUCUCAGAGGGCUUGACCUCAAACUUGGACCAGCCUUAAAGAUCAACAGACACAUUCAAGGCUUACAGACUGUCCGCCAGCACUUAUCAUAGCAGCCUAUGCUAGUAUUUACUGUCACAUGUCAUAGCAGCCUAUGCUAGUAUUUACUGUCACAUGUCAUAGCAGCCUAUGCUAGUAUUUACUGUCAUCUACUCUGGGUGGUCUUGCAUCAUUCAUGUUCUCGUUGAGUCUGACAUCUAAUGCUUCACCCUGUUACCAUAUCCAGUAUUUUAUCAUAAAAUCAUUCCUCAUGUGUAAUUAUUCACUCAUACCCAAUGAAUGUAAUCACGCACAUAGCUUAAAAAUUCCAAAGCUAUUAUGACAAGAGGCACUUAAAUAAAAUGUUUAUUUCCCAUCCAGAUAAUGGACUGCUGGGUGUUAAACCUCCAUUGUUUUUUUUGUCUUUAUAUCAAGUUGCAAGAUCUGUGUUUAUUCAUAAAAACCAGUUUUAGGUUAUUAUAGCAAUAAUCAGUACUAGAGAAUGUUUACUUACAGGUGUUGCAAUAAUUAGUACUAGAGAAUGUUUACUUACAGGUGUUGCAAUAAUUAGUACUAGAGAAUGUUUACUUACAGGUGUUGCAAUAAUUAGUACUAGAGAAUGUUUACUUACAGGUGUUGCAAUAAUUAGUACUAGAGAAUGUUGCACUAAUCAGCAGAGGCGUAGCGACCCUUCCCGGCGCCCAGGGACAAACUUUCGAUUAUCACCCCCCCCCCUCCCCCCCCCCUCAAACUUUAAACUUUUGAUUUGCACACACACCACCACCCCACGUCGCCCCCACCCCGCUACGCCUCUGCUAAUCAGUACUAAACUACCUUUUAUUUAUUACCAGUGAAAUUGGGAGCCUCUGUUUAGAUGAUUCACUUGUGUUAGAUUGAGUUGUUACAUGUCAAAUGCCAUUAUCCUAGUUGGUAUUUGUCAGAUGCCAUAUUUUCCAUUGUUCCAUAUCAAAUGUCAUAUUUUCAGUUGUUACAUGUUAAAUGCUAUGUUUCCAGUGAGGAAGAUUAUUUAUUGAGGACAAGUGUGAUUGAAUCAUUGGUUUGUUGACAUUGUUUUGUCAAAACAUUGAAUGAUAUUAUUUAAGAAUAUUUUACAAGUUAAACAUCAAAAGAAAUAUUUAUUAUUAAUGGAAAAUUCUCAUAUGUAGGGAUAUUUGCCAUGUUUGUAACUGCUGUUCAUGUAUAAUCAUUUGCUGUUGAAUUCCCAUGUUUUGCUCAUCAAAAUGUGAUCAUUGUACACAGUAGCUUGGAUUGUUACAAAAUGCUGGUUAAGAAUAAAUGUGAUCACUUUACACAGUAGCUUGGAUUGUUACAAAAUGCUUGUUUAGAAUGUCUUUUUUUCUACUUGUAAAUGUAAUUGUUUGAUGAAAAAAUAAACAUCAACUUUUUAAAAGGUUGUUUGAAAAUCUAUUAUUGAUUGAUAAAAUGGCUUAUUGGGCACACCAUUUCUAAAGUGAAUUUCAAUACAAAUGGAAUUUUAACUUUUCAUUCUUGUUUUUAUUAAAAAUAAAGAUGCAAAUUCCUUCUGCAUAGAAAACCCCGGCAGUACAUUUUAAUUACAUUAAAUAUAAUCCUAUACAUAGAUAUUUUAUUUAAACUAUCUUUAAGAUGUAUUCUCAGCUUAUUCAGUAUCUUAGCAAAUAGAUGGACAUUCUGUUUACUAAUAAGUGGAUCUUUAGUUUACCAUAGAUACCAUAAUAAAACACUUCCAAAUUACAAUAGUUUUUUAUUUAUUAAUCAGCCUAGUAUUUGAAAAUUCAAAUUCAUACCAGGUCAGAUAGCAGAACACAUCAAAGGACAUAGUUAAAUGAAAACUAAAUAUGAAUGCUUGUUUAAUCUUAACAUUUGUUUCAUUUUAAAAUAGAACUAUAUAAUUUUUUUAACAGAUGAAGGCUAGCAGAGCAACAAUUUAAAAUUGUGAAAAUUGCCUGCUGUAGCCUAGUUCAUAUGCAUGGCCCUAUUAGUAUUAUACAAUAAUCAGGGUGUUAAAUAAUGUGUGACUGUCUUGUAGCGGCCACCCAUACAUAGGAUCGAGAUAGAUCUGGUAUAAAGCUUCUCUGUGGUUCUGUAUGUGACAGACGGACCAAUGGUACAGUAAAAACUCAACUUUGUGUAAUAUUCUUAACGUUAAAGUGUUCACUUCUAAAAUAAAAUCAAAAUUGACAAUUUAAAAAUUCAAUAUUGAUAAAUUUUAAAAUUAAUUUUCAUUUUUCAACUUAUCAUUUUGAUUGACAACGUGAAAAGAACAACAUUUAAAUCAAUGUAUCACCCUUUACAAAAAAAAAUCCAAUUUUGUUUGAAAAAGUACACAAAUUAUGUCCCUGUGUACCAAAU